AUGUCGGGGGCGGGGCUGGGGGCGAGGUCCUGGCGGGGGGGGGCGGAGCCCUCGGAGAGCAGCCCCGAGCCCCCCUCCCCCUCCAGCUCCCGGCCCCCCCCCUCAGACACCAGCCCCAGCCCCAGCGAGGAGACCACGCCCCCUCCCCACCGCCCCGCCCACGGGAGGGGCGGGGCCGCAGAGUGCCCCGCCCCCCCGGAGGCCGGCGUGGCCUGCGACAGGAACCUGGCGCUCUUCGAGGAGGAGCUGGCCACCCGCCCCCGCGUCCCCGCCCUCCUGCGCCGCAUCGCUCCCUACAGCGCCCUCAGCCCCGACAGCGACGACGGAGACGCCCCGCGGCGGCUGCUGGGGACGCUGCGGGGGGUGGCGGCGCCCUCCCUGCAGACGCUGCUGGGGCUGGUGCUGGUGCUGCGGCUGCCGUGGGUGGUCGGCACCGGAGGGGUCCUGCAGGCCAGCGCCAUCGGCCUCCUGCUCGGCGCCUGCACCAUGCUGACCGCUGUGUCCCUGAGCGCCAUCGCCACCAACGGCCUCGACCCUGGAGGCUGUCCCCUGGGGCUGCUGUCGGGGGCGCUGGGCCCCGAGGCGGGGGGGGCCGUGGGGCUCUGCGCCUUCCUCAGCGCCGCCUUCGCCGCCGCCGCCGCCGCCCUGGGGGCUGCCGAGAUCCUGCUG